AUGCUGCAGAGGAGCUGCUGGAAAUGGCACGCAAGGCUUAGCAUCUCGACCACGAGGUUGUCGUUCCCAUGGACCAACGCUCAAUGCCGCCGCUUGGCCAGCAGCGGCCACGAUUCUACCUCCGAGACCGAUGAACCUUUCGACGAACACGAGUACUAUGAAGCCGCCGAGGACGUCGAACACAAGCUGUCUGCAGGCCCGAGAAGGCGAAACAUCACCUCAAUGGGCACUGUGUCUGUGCAGCAGCCUGAUUCAAGCAAAGUCGAAGACUUGAUGACUCGGAUACUGCCACAAAAUAUCGGAAAAGCAUCGCUGCCGAAUACAUUGCCCUCUAUACUGCUACUGCUGGUCACGCCAGCACUCGCGCAACAUGCCCUAUCCGGGGACUUGCCACUGCGAGUGCUCGAGCGAUUCGGCGACAAUCCCACAGCUUCAAAGCCGCUCGACGCCGUCACAGCUGUUGUCGACCGCUUGCCAGUUCCGGGCUCAUCCCGUAAAGCAGAGGAAGGUCUUGCGUAUCACUUUACCACAAGUCCUGGCCCCCUCUCAACCUUCACGCAAGUCCCGCUCCAAAGCUCGACUCAAAAGCCUGGUGCUCUCACAUUUGCAUUUCCUAGGAUGCCCCGAUUUGCCCAUUCCGAGCCAUCUGUGCAGCUCCCAUUGGCGCAGACCAUCUUCUCUACCGGCUUGCCCUCGACCAUGGUCCAUAUGCGAUAUGAGUUUGACCCCCUCAGCGGGCUGCUCCGUAAAUCUGCGUCGCAGAGGCUCGAAGCCCAGACCGUCCGUGUGCCGAUAGGUGCGCAAGAUUUGCAACUGUUGAUGGAAACUCCUUUGGUCCCUUUGACUCCACUCAGGCGAGUCGUGAACUCCAUGGGGAACAUUGUGCGCAAAGUGUCCAGCGAAACCUACGGAGAAGAACAUAAGUCUAAACACCAAGAAUGGCCACCUCAGGAUGAUUCAACGGCCUCUCAGCCCGCCUCGCAAGAACUUGAAGCCGCCGUCACGGAGUACUUCAAGUUGAAUGAUCGUCAGCCAGAGCCAGUCCAAGUCUGGGCCCUGGUCGUUCCACGAGAAACGUUCAGACAAUUCACUUUCACAGUCAAGAAUCCAAAGAACGGCCUCAAAAACCGCUCUGAGUUUCUCAAAUUCAGCCAAUCACAACUGCAGGACACAUGGGUGCCUCGAGAGACGAUUGGAGGUGCCCGGAAAGUGGUUUCAGGGGGGACAAUCAAUUAUGAGCUGAGCAAACUGGUGGGGCUGGGCGCUCGGCUCUGUCAGGUGCUUUCUGGCGGCGGAGGAUGGGGCAAGAAGGCAGGCCUCAUAAGCCUCGAUCCAGACACGAUGUACAGUACGCGUGAUCUGCGUGCCGAUAGUGGCUGGACGUUCGACUUCGACGGGGACGGUGCUGGCGAUUCUUUCAGCGAACAGCAGCAACAAGCGCUCGGGGAUAUUGUGCGUGAAGGGGAUGGUGUCAUGCUCUUUCUGGCGCCUGAACACCUGAAGCACGGAAUUGCUCCACAGCGCGAAGACUUUGGACCUGACCACCGUUCGAUCACAUUCGGAGUACUUCCGUCAAGUAUCGAUGAAAUCCACAAUGGUUCUGUGAAUGACUCCGCUGCUGGAAUAGAAGAAAGUGCGCGUCACCACCCCAACACCUUCGGCCUGCUCUCUGAAGGCGGAAUGGCUUUGACCUUAACUCGGGAUGGGGAGACUGUCAAUCAGACAAGACUCAGUGUGCCCUUUCAGCAGCUGGUAGUUUCAAAUGUCGAUGCGAUGCCGGAUGAGGGUGCGGCGUCUCCUUCCAGAGGCGACAAGACGGCGGCAUCUGCAACUGCGCCCCUCUCCACACAUUCAUCGAUUAUCCAGAGUAAAUCCGAGGCCAAGAGCAACAGCAGCGACAGGCAUGCAGAUUUAGACAAACCGCAGGUGGCCAAGGAGGAGAAACAAUUCAGGAAGGUGAAGCUCUUCCAGAAGGAUAAUCGCAGCUACAAGAGCCAGCUUCUCAAUCAUGUUCUGGAGCAAAAACAGACAGACAUCGUGUUCCCUCGAUCUGUCCAAGGGCGCUCCGACAAUGCUACAGAGCGAGAGGAUACCGACUUCGUCUUCCCUCGUUCUACCCAAGGACACUCCAAGGAUGCUCGCUUUUCCAAGGAAGAGACAUGA